GCCCCACCAGGAAGUAGCAGCAUAAACUCAGCAGUGCUUUCAUUUUUAGCAAUGUGUGUGCCGAAGACAGGAGACAAACAACACCCAGGGCUUCACUCUGCUUCAACUUUAACGUCUCUGAAGGACAGGGGUCGAGAAUGGAAGACACAGACAAAAACCACCUCAAGGAAAUGCUAACGUGCCCAAUAUGCCAGGACAUCUUCAAGGACCCUCGGCAGCUCCCCUGUGGGCACAGCUUGUGUAUGGGCUGUCUGGAAAAAAUGAUGGAUCACUCCUCAGACAUCCCUUUCCGUUGCCCUGACUGUAGGUCUUUUUUCGGACAGAUCAUCAAGGUGCAGAAGAGCUACACACUGAGUAACAUCGUAGAGGACUUCAGGGAGAACAGUAGAACACAGGGGAAGCGGACAAAAGCUGUGUACUGCGACUACUGCCCAGAGAAAAACACUGUGGCCAUGAAAAUGUGCUUGAAGUGUGAGGUGUCAAUGUGCAAAGAGCACGUCAAGAACCACCUGGAGCUUCCAGUGUUCACGGGACACCCACUGGUCAGGCCUCUGGGUGACCUCAAGGAGAGGAAGUGCCCGCAGCACGAGGACGAGGUGCUGAGGUACUACUGCAAAACGUCCAGGCGUUACAUUUGCAACAUCUGCGCCCUGGAGAACAAGCAGCACAACCUGGCCACUGAGGCCUCCACUGUCCUGCGGCGACAGCUGACGGAGUACAUGGACCAGCGUUUCACAGCACUCAAAGAGCAAAUCACCCAGUCCACUGACUCUGUAAAAAAACUCAGAGCAGACAUCCAACAUGAAAAACAGAAAGUGAACCCUGCUGACUCGUACCUCAACAAUGUCACAGUGAUGCUGAUCUGUCUGUGGUUUAUAGUUCUGUAUUAUGCCUACAACUACUCUGUGGAAAACCAGGCACUAACAGAGGCGCUGGACAAGCAGCAGAACCGUGUGUAUAAUAUCUAUUCCACCAUUGCAGACCUCUUGGUUGAGCAUCCAAUGUGGAGCUACACAUAUCCAGGAACACAGGAUAAAGGAGUUCUCAUCCUGGAUGCAAACACUGUCAGUCCUUUCCUUGGACUCUCUGCUGACCUCCAAACAGCAGAGAGAGUGAACGCCAAGCUGGAUUAUCCCAAACAUAAAAAUCGCUUUGAUGAGGCCCCGCAGGUCCUCUCUACUCUGUGCUUCUCCUCUGGUACACACACCUGGGAGGUGGAGGUCGAGGGAUACUGGGACAUUGCCGUCUCCUACAAAAGCAUCCAACGCAAAAGCAAGAGCAGUGCCUUUGGAAAAAAUGCAGUGUCCUGGAGCCUAACACAUAAUGGCAAAGGCAAGUUGUUUGCUUACCAUAAUAAUGAAAAAACAGCUCUGUCUGGAACCCUGCAGAGCAGCCGGAUAGCUGUGAUGGUUAAUUUUGAGAAAGGCAACAUCACAUUCAGUGCUGUAGAGUCCACUGUCAUCCAACUGCACGAGUUCAAGGUGAAACUGACUCAGCCAGUGUGUCUGGGUUUGGGGCUUUAUCGUGUGGAUCCACCCAGUAGAGCCUCCAUCAUCAAAGCCUCCUGAAUAAUCUUACAAACUGUCACAAUAUUCAGCUAAAACUGCAUCCACACUGCCUUAAGUCCAGGGGCUUGCACUGAAAGUAGAGGUGUCUAGGAGUAAAGACAUAACUAAGUCAAAGCUAUAAAAUGGAAGAUUUGCCUCAGGUAUAUUUUUAUAUGGUGAAGUUUUAAUUUUUUAUGGUAUGUACAGUAUGUUUAAUUAAUUUUUUUUUGAUUGUAGAUCUUUAUUUCAAUAUAAAUGUGCAAUAUACAGAAUUUUUAUAUAAUGUGUCAAUCCGAUGGGGAAUUCACUAUAAGACUAUGACUGCACUGUGAGGCUAUAGAAGGUUUUAAUACGUUCGUUUCCAUGUUGAAUCCCUUUUAAUGAACGACAAUCAGUCUUUGCACUUUCACAACGAAAAGAAACUCUUUUGGCCUAACAUUCUGAAAAACAGAUAAAGUUAUAUCCCUGUUAGAUUUAAAAAGAAAAAAAUAUUGCACUAUUAUAACAACACAUGAACUAUACUGCUCUUUAGUAGGAUUGUCCCAUUUUUCUACAAAAGCUUAUUCCAUCAGAAUAACAUGAAAGAUGCUAUAAUUGUGACUUUGCAUCAAGGAGUUUCAGUUUUUUGUGCCCAUUCAGCAUCUUGAGUCUACAUUUAAUGACUGAAAUCAGUGUGGAGUAAACAAAAUUCCAGCUUCUGUUUUCUGGUCUUAAGAGAUAAAGGAACUGAAAACAACCUGAAACACCGGUCACAUUUCACAAGUCACAAUGCCAGGAUAAUGAUAACAGCAAAUUCCAAAAUAUAGCAUAAGUACAUAAAUUAGAUUAAGCAAAGUGACUCAGUUAAUGUCAGUUACCAACACUAGCUAGCCUUAGCCACUGUAAUAACAUUAUGUGUAACCACAUAAGGCUGCAACAGGAAAAUCCCUGAGUGUAUAGAAUUGAGCAAGGGUUCAGCUUUUAAUUUGUUGCAUGAAUAAUGUUGGUUUUCUUCUCACUGAAGUUAUGUAGUCUUGCUUUAAAGAAUACAGCAAAGACAAAAAUAACUAGACAAUUUUUCUCAUUUAUUAAGAAAACAUGUAAGUCAAGCAUUUUUUAACAACUGACAAUGAUUGGAAUAGAGUGUUUUACAAAAACCGAAGGCAAUAUUAAGCCAAAAAAAGCCAAUAUUCUCCGUACAAAAACAAGGUAUACAGUGAUAUAAACUGUUUUCUUGUCCACCUAAGGCAUUUUUCAACUAAAUAAUUAAGUGGAAUUGUUCUGGUUUCUCUCACUAAAUAAUUAAACUUCAAAAAAUUUCAGAGUCUGAAUUUGAAAUCAAUUAGUGAGUGUUGUACAAUCACAUCUAAAACUGUAAAAAGGACUUUUCUUACCCAUUUUAGCCUUUUCCAAAAUAAGUUACAAUUUACAGUAAACAAGUAUAAACUGACCUGUGUGGACGUUAAUUUAAAAAAAAAAAAAGUGUUUUGACCAUAUUUUAUACUUCAUUGUGCUGAUGUUUUCUCUAGCUGCCUGACUAAAAGCUGUAUACAUACUUAAACAUAACACAUAAUUAUCCACAACCAAUAUCUCUGUAAUUUGAAUACCAAAAAUACCACCUUGGAAAAGCUGUCCUAAUACAAUGCUAUUUUUGCAAUGCUGUUUGUUUAUUGUCCUUAAAAGGUGCUAUAUGUAAGUUUUUGCUGUUGCUACAUAGCUAACAUUGGCAUUAGCAGCUGCUUACUUAACAGUCUAGAAGAAAUAUAGUGAGCUCAGAAUUAAACUUUGUUCCUUUCCUUGCCAAGAGUUGUCUCCAGUAGUGGAAAGCAACGUUAAUGUUAAGGUUAAUGUUAAAUGUUGUUUUGCUUCUAUUACUACCACUUUUCUUCCACUGAAGUUAGCAUGCUAACCAGCUAACCCCAGCCCACCCUGUCUCGUACUUAGCAAUAGUGAGCAAAUAUAGUGUCGUUUGCCCUUAAUCCAACAUGAGAAAGGAUGUAGAAGCAGCACUGCACAGAGGGUGUAUUCUAACCUCUUGUCUUGUAACUCAACAGUGACUGAAACUCCUUGUCAACAGCUGUUAAUGCUGACGUUGGCUAUGUAGCAAUAGCAAAAACUAGAGCACCUUCAAAACCUACAGUAUAUAUAAAACAGUGAGAAAAUUAUGACACUUAGGUACCUGCAGUGAACUGUAUUAUUGACAUUUCUGUCCUGCACUAGUUCUGCAUUUGUCUUUCAAUUAUUAACACUGGCUCCUGUGGAAAACAAA